GGGGGCCGCCGGGCAGGCAGGUAGGGAGCGGCGGCGGCGGCGGCCGUCGUCUCUCUCCGCCUCGGCCUGCUGGGCGACCAGCCAUGUCGGAUUUCGACAGUAACCCCUUCGCCGACCCCGACCUCAACAACCCCUUCAAGGACCCAUCAGUUACACAAGUGACUAGAAAUGUUCCACCAGGACUGGACGAGUACAAUCCAUUCUCCGACUCCAGAACACCACCCCCAGGAAACACAAAAAUUCCUAAUGUACCUAGCACGCAACCAGCCAUCAUGAAGCCGACAGAAGAAGCCCCAGCUUAUACACAAAUUGCAAAGGAACAUGCCUUGGCUCAAGCUGAGCUGCUGAAACGCCAGGAAGAGCUAGAAAGGAAAGCAGCGGAAUUAGAUCGUAGAGAAAGAGAGAUGCAGAGCCUCAAUCAGCAUGGUGGCAGAAAAAAUAAUUGGCCACCACUUCCUGGGAACUUUCCAGUGGGGCCUUGUUUCUAUCAGGACUUUUCUGUUGACAUCCCCGUAGAGUUUCAAAAGACAGUCAAGAUUAUGUACUACUUGUGGAUGUUCCAUGCAGUCACACUGUUUCUAAAUAUCUUCGGAUGUUUGGCCUGGUUUUGUGUUGAUCCUGCACGAGGGGUUGAUUUUGGACUGGGUAUCCUCUGGUUCUUGCUUUUUACCCCUUGUUCAUUUGUCUGUUGGUACAGACCACUUUACGGAGCUUUCAGGAGUGACAGUUCUUUCCGAUUCUUUGUGUUCUUCUUUGUGUAUAUCUGUCAAUUUGCUGUUCAUGUACUUCAGGCUGCUGGAUUUCACGGGUGGGGCAACUGUGGUUGGAUUUCAUCUCUUACCGGUCUCAACAAGAGUAUUCCUGUUGGCAUCAUGAUGAUAAUUAUAGCAGCGCUUUUCACAGCAUCUGCUGUCAUCUCACUAGUUAUGUUUAAAAAGGUGCAUGGACUCUACCGUACCACGGGGGCUAGCUUCGAGAAAGCCCAGCAGGAGUUUGCGACAGGUGUGAUGUCCAACAAAACUGUACAGACCGCCGCAGCAAAUGCCGCGUCAACGGCAGCCACCAGUGCAGCUCAAAAUGCUUUCAAGGGCAACCAAAUCUAAGGGAAUCUGUAAUCGGCACUACUGGUACUUUGUAUCUUUUUGUUUGUUUUCUGUUCUCUCCCCCCGGCCCUCCUCCGGUGCAACCCUUUCUUUACUGUUUUUUUUUCAUUCUCCGGUUACCGUGUUCACUGAAGAUUUUCCUUUGCAAAUACAUACCGCAUGUAUGUUUCUCUCUCCCCUGUGCAUGGGUUAAAAUCAGGAAAAAGUUCUUUUUAUUACCGAAUUGUUUUCUUCAAACAUAGUUCACUGCCCCUUGGAAAGACAGAAAAAAACAAAAACGGGGCUAAAUAAAUAGUCUCCGUCCUUGCCGGGGGUUGAAUGUUUCAGAGGAGUUAUUUCAACACUGGGACCCUGGAAUUGACAUGGAAUCUUAUUACGAUUCAGAAGGCAUUUAGCUACUAGCUGCCGCAGUUCCUUCUGGAAUCUUGAAUUCGAUCUGAGAAAUGCACGUUGGAGCAAUUGAUCCCUCUUUCCUAAUUGCCUCUCUGUCUAGAUUAAGGAGUAGGGCAGGGUAAAGUCCUGGGAAUUUAAAUUGGUCUCUCUUGCAGUUUCAGACAUUGUGUGUGUUUAAGGACUGUGUAACGCUCAUAUUGUUUUAUUUUUAAUUCUUAGGACAAAUUUUUGAUAUCAAUCUGUAAGGAUGAAAUUAUGAUGUCCAUCUGUAAGGACAGAUUUGGGGUAUCAAUCUUGAAGCUCGCAUGAAAUUUUAUUGUUACUGAAAUUUAAUUGAACUAGUAUUUUAGUUCAGAAUUUAAUCUGUAUCUGUUGAAUUACUGGGUUUUUUGGUGUGUGUGUGUAUAUAAUAGAUUCUGUUUCUCUAUUUUCCUUCUAGAUCAAAAAUUACUUUAGGCACCAACAUUCUAAGUUACUAGAAUGUGCAAUGCAAUGUACAGUUCGGUUCAAAGAAAUUUAAUUGAUGGAAUAUGAUUGUGAUUUUCAGUGUUCCUGUCUCGGAGAGAAGAUAAUAUCUUAGAUAAAUCGUUGGCACAAUUUUGUAGCUAGCCUGUCUGACCCCUUAAAUGAAGUGAAGUUUUGAUUGUGUUUGGGGGUUUUUUAAGUCUGAAUUGUGUUUUAAUGGUGGAAUUCACUAUCUAGUCUAGCAUUGUAAAUCAGUCUGUUUACCUCUUGUCCCCAAAUUUGAACAACAGUGUUUAUUUUUCCUUGAGGAAUUAUCCUAACUGAAACAUUUUAGACAGUGGCACUUAAAACCUACUUGAAUUCCGUUUAACACACCUCAGCCUUUUGCUUUGAGACAAACUGAACGACAAAUGCCAUUUGACCUCUGAGUAGCAUAAAAUAUAUAAAUUUUCAGCUUGAACCGAACCAGUGACUACAGAUCCAAUUAAACCCUCUAACUGUAAAUGUGUAACAUUUAUAACCAUGCUCCAGAGGAAUUCAUUGCAGUAGUGUGCUUGGGCCCUGAAUAUUUUAGGUCCUCUUUGAUCACCUUGUUGGAAAGUCAGAUUCUUGUUCCCGCAUUGCCUUUUGGAAAACAUCAUGGUGGAGGAAAAUUCUUGGAAGCUAUAGUUUGGAUUAACUGGAUCUUUUCAAAGACCUGUUGCUACAAGUGUGCGUCUUUGGAUUCUCAUUUUCAGAGUCAGAUUGCCAUUGGUAGAUGACUGGCUAGUGAAGUGAUUAAUAUGUAUUAAUUUGGGUAAUCCCAAAAUGAUGCUUAUGGUCUGAGUGGUGGAACUUCAGAAUUAAGAUGUCCACUUAGGGGGGUGGCUCCAGGUUUUGGUUUGGUUUUUUUUGCUAUUGGAUUCCUUUGUUAAUGCAGAAGGUUUUGCCUAGAAGAGGCUUCCCUACCUUUUCUCAGGAAAAUGUAGCGUAUGCUCCAGAGUUAAGAAUUCUUUUCUCCAACACCAAUAGCUGCUUAAACCCUGAAGACAGUUGGAAUAAGUGGUUUGGCAUAAUCUAUUAAAAACACCGUCAGAGUUUUGUCAUUGCUUUUUAAGAAGGGCUUCAAGAAAACUGGCUUAAUUUUUGGCUACGAAUGGUAAUCAAUAUCUGUAAUACGACUGUUCACAUUGACUUUUGUAGAGAAAUGGCAUAAGCUUAUUAACACCUAUCGACGCUUUAUCCCAAAACCCUUAUUUUUCCUUGAAAAUGGAUGGAAAAAUUUCCCAAGGGAUGGGUCUGAACUAAUAUUUUUUUCUUCCCUUGAGCUCGAGGAUAUAUGUACAGACAUCUUCAUUAAGAUGGAAUUGGGUAGUAUUCACAGCUGAGUCAUAAGGGAAAGUGGUCUCGAGCCUUAAUUAAACUGUUAUACUUUGCCUCUCUCCAGGAGCAACCGGUACAUUUUCUUGGGUUUGCUUUUUGAGAGCAGAAGGCUGGUGUUGGUUAAAUAUUUUUUUACUUCAAGACAAAAAUCAACCAGGUGUUGCCAUCAUCUUAACCUACUACACACCCAUUGAAUGUUGUAGUGUGAAACUGCGGCUAAUUUAUUUUCCGGGGGAAGUUCUUAACACUGGAAUGUUAAUGCGCAGUGAUGUGUAAUUCAGGCCUCGGCUCAUUCAUCGGAGGGGUGUUUGUAUAUUUUGUAAAUGAUUGACGAUGCUCUGCCAUCAUGGUGAAUGUCACGGUUCUCUCUAAAUGCACUCCCCACUGUCCCUCUGUCGCAUGUUGGAGUAGUCCACGAGUUUUGUAUAUUUAUUGUAUUAACACAGAGUGUCAUAAAAUAAAAUUCUGUUUACUGGAUCUCUGCUCUGUACAGUUAACAAAUACAUGCAGUUUUUAAAGGCAGGAAUCACGAAGGAGGGCUGAUAACCGUAAAGGAACGAUAUCAUACAUUUUUAUACUCCUGUAAAUAACUACAUACUUGUCCAAAAAUAAUACCCAUCAUCAGGACCAAAUAGGAGCUGAACACACACAAGGAAAGCCAGCAGCAGCUUCUAUAGCUAGUGAUUUUCGCUGCCUGUCAGACUUCUAGGAGACCGGUACAGAACGAGAGGGAUGGUUUGGCUACUGGUUAGUUUUUCCUGCCAUCGAAUGGUCUGUGUGUGUGCGCGUGUGCGUGUGUGUAUAUUGCCUUGGUAACUGAUCUUCGCUCCAGCCUCCUAGCACGGCCUGAAUAUUAUGCCAUGCAUUGCAGCCCAAACUCCAGGAAUGGGUUCUGGAGGCCUUAUCUGCUCAGCAGAAGAGGUUAUAGAAAUAUUUCCAGAAAUGUUCUUUUGAGCCCCCAAAUAGUUUGGGCAAUGCGUUGUUGCAUUACAUCUACAGGUGAUAAGUGAUAUUUUUCGUGGGGAGGAGGGUAUCCUUGCUAUUUUUAAAAUUGAAGAAAGCUGUCCCUUUCGUUCCAUCACCAACUUGCCCUCAGGUGUGUGUCGCUGUAGCAUUUUUUGAAAUCUGUUUGGACUGUGUUAAGCGCAGCUCCCAUUUAUUAUUCUACUUUUCUGUGGGAACACUAGUGUCACUCUUACUUUGCUUUUGUAGAAGUAGGUAGGUUUCAAAUACAUUUUAUUUUUCUUGUGUUCAUCAAAAUCGUUGUGAUACAUGUACCGAUGUCACUUCCCCUCUCUUUAACAAAACCUUUAACGUCCAUUUGUCGAUACAACAUAUUCGUCGCUGAGAACCCUAGAAGUGAAAUAAACAGGCUUGUGGCAAA